AUGUCGGUCUCACCACAGGUUGCAGUGCACCUUGCCAUCGCAUUGACAGUGCUCAAACACAAGUCAAAGGACCAGUCCAUCCCAAGUUGUCUCCUUGACCUCAAGUCCCAUUUUCCCUUGACCGACGAUAGCCAAGGAACGUGCGAUGAGGAUGGGUGGAGGGACCAUGCACUCGCGCUGGAAAGAGAACUCGAGUUCUUGAAAGACAAACGGGAGGAAGAUCAAGACGGUAUAUCUUCGAAUGUCAUUCCCGCUGGCAAGCCUUACUGGAAUGAUGUAGAACUCCUUCGUCUGCGGCAAAGCGUGUCCAAGGACGUGCCAGACGAUUCGGACGCUGCUCCUCCAAAGAAGAAGGCGAAGAAGACAGGCAAAGUUCCCGAGUAUCAGGACGACGACUGGUCUGCAAAACGGAAAGAACGUCUCAACGUCGAAGAGUCAUCACCAUCCCUUACUACAGCAUUCACCUCCCUCCGAACUGCAAUCAGCUCAGUGAGUUCACAGACAGGUGACGGCCCAACACGCAACUCGCACCUGCUAGCUGCAAUCACGCGCACAAUUGACAUCAUCAGCAAAUUUCUAGGCCUCCACAACAUUUCGACGCCUUCCUCUCUAUCAGAGCUCAAUGAAUCGAGAAUCGCAAUGGCCUCUCCACUUAUGGUGUAUGUCAUACGCGUCGCUUUUCCAGGCCUCCUCUACCAAGGUGUCAUUACUGCCAAUAAUGCCGUUGUAUCCCGUCUCAUCGACUCCCUGUUCGUCCCUCUUGUCCGCAGCUUCGCUCUCACAUCUCAGACACACAUCAUGCGUCAUUUACACACAAUUUCAGCAAAGAAGACGUCGAAAAGCCGCAACAAAGCUAACGAGAAGGUGCCGAAAACAGCCAGCCAGUCACUCUUUCCUGACACUCGCAUGGACCUCUUGACUCUCCUCGGCGAGGCGCUGAAUGCGUUGGACUCGAUAUCACCCCGCUACUCUGGGUACACCUCAGGCAUCAGGGAGCGGAUAGCAUUGGAAUCAAUCCGGGCGCUAGAAUCAUUAUACUCUACGCACACCCGCGUCGGUGUCGAUGGGACAAUGGAUAACAAUGCAGAUCAGGAGGAGGGUUCUCGAGAUCCAGAGUCGUCGCAGACAUCGCACCCCCACAGGCAGAGGACUGCGAUCAGUAGAAAGGAUAGGCUCGAGGCUGUAGCGCGGAAAGAUGCUACCUGGUACCUGUGCCACAUACUCAACUCUUGCUCAAGCAAAGGCGGAGCAAAAGACGGGCUCGGAUCUAUACUCAGCGGUGCUCUUUUGGAUGGCGCUACGAGACUCGUGAAGGUGUGCGUCUUGAUGGACUGUGACGGUAUCGCGCGAGUUGGCGGGAAGUGUGUUAUGGACAUGAUAUGUCGAAAUAUGGUCUUGGCUGCCUGUGAAAAGAUAAUCGGUGCCGCCCCUCAAGAGAACCCUGGAGGGCUGUAA